CGUCACAGGCCGAGGCCAGAGUGCAUGCCGGAAGAGAAGGGGGAGAAGCCGUGUUCCUGCCGCAGACAUGUCGCCUUCUCUGUCCAGAUGCAGCGUCUUCCUUCUGUCCGUCCUGACGCUGUGCCGGGCGGACACGGAGGGGUUCAGCUCCGGAGCCGAGAAGUUUCGGGUGGAGGGACGGGCGGUGGUCCCGGGGGUCAGACCCCAGGACUGGGUGAGCGGGGCACGGGUCCUGGUGGACGGAGAGGAGCACGUCGGUUUCCUGAGGACUGAUGGCAGCUUUGCCGUCCAUGAUGUUCCUUCCGGCUCCUACGUGGUCGAGGUCGUGUCUCCCGCUCACCGAUUUGAACCCGUCCGUGUGGACAUCACAUCCAAAGGGAAGAUGAGGGCAAGGUACGUCAAUCACAUCAAAACCUCAGAAGUGCUCCGCCUGCCCUAUCCUCUCCAGAUGAAGUCGUCCGGGCCCCCUUCUUACUUCAUUAAACGGGAGACCUGGGGGUGGACUGACUUUCUCAUGAACCCCAUGGUGAUGAUGAUGGUACUACCACUGCUGAUCUUCGUGCUGCUUCCUAAAGUGGUGAACACGAGUGACCCAGAAAUGAGGCGGGAGAUGGAGCAGUCCAUGAACAUGCUGAACUCCAACCCUGAGCUGCCCGAUGUGUCCGAGUUCAUGACCAGGCUUUUUACGUCAAAGUCCUCCAGCAAGUCCAGCAGCAGCAAAACCGGGAAGAGCGGCGUUGGGAAGAGGAGGUAGUGAUACGCGAGCGCCCACAUGACCAAGCAUGCCAGUCUCCGCGCCCGACUCCCCCACACACACACAUGUUGUUGGUUACAUGGAUUUUGCCUUGUUUCUUCUUAGGAAGCGGAGUUGUGUUUUGUACUUUUAUGUUGUUUUUUUGGUUCGGCAGGGAUAAAACAUAAAAAAAAAAAAUUUUUUCAAAUGUAUGCGGAUCGAGAGGCCGAUACUUGCGUCUUUAUACACCAGGUAUCGGCAUGUACUGUCGGGGUACGACCACGUGGCACGGUUGCGAUGCCGCUUGCUGUCGAGUACCGCGUGGCUGCACGAGUCACAGCGCGUGCUAAUGAGGACCGCACUGUUUAGUCGGUGUGCAUUUUAAUGACCGCACCCAAAAUACCACAUGGCCAUUAAAAAUGCAGACUGACUAAACAGUGCGGUCCUAAUUGGUUCAUUGGAGCUCGCAAGGCCACGUCGCAACCUUGUGGUCGUACCAUAUGCCUAGUACCCUGCCCUGCCGGGGUAAGGCUUGAGCUUUUGAACGGUCUUAAUUUACAGAAAAAAAAUAAUAAAAUUCAUUGUUUGUAUAAUUUAUUAUUAUAUUUUUUUUUUCAUUUUUCCUUUUUAAUGUUACACAGAGCAGAAUCUGUAAAUGUGACUGACAACGCACCCCAGUCACCGGAUAGAAAUGUAUGUGUGCCGUUAGGGGAUGCCUAAACGGCUCGCACGAGAGUAGAAAAAAACAUGGCAAACUGAAACAGCGCCACCUUAUUCAGUAGGCUGUGUCUGGUACUGCAACUUCAUCCUGUUCAUUUAAAUGAGCUGCAAUACCAGAAGCAGCCUGUAGACAAGAGUGGCGCCGUCUGUAGCCAUGUUUUUCUAAUUGAAUACGAAAGUGCCCUCACUUUUAUAUUUUAAAGGAACACUCCAGGCAAAGUUUGGAGUAUUGGGCGAUCCCUUCCACCACUGCAAGGGCCUGUCACUGGAUACCAUAUUCAUGAGAUUAACGUGUUGUUUUUUUUUUUUUUGGUUGGGUCUGCCUGCGACAACAGCCCUAUCUUAGCCUGUCCUGUGCCUGUUUUCUUCUCUAGGGGGCGUAGUUGCUCUGCGUUUCUUCACCACUCCUUCAGUCUAUGGAAGGAAUGGCACGUGAUGACGGUAGUAGAAUGUGACAGGAGAGCGGUCAUUUAUCUGUUUGUAAUGUAUGUCUGCUCAUGGGUACAGCUGGUAACGAGAACUCAUCCUCCAAUAAACUGAACCGGUUUUUAAUCC